CUUGUUUUCUUAGUCGUGUUCUUUUUCUUUAUCAUUUCUACCAUUUAAUCUUCUCGUCUUGUUCUCCUUUGAACAAUCGUUGGGUACAUCCAUGGUGAACAAAACUAGUAACUCUACCUCCAAACACCAAAAACAACAUGGAGAAGCAGAAAAAGAUACUGUUGGAAGAACCUUGAAGAUCAAGAUUAAACAGUUGACAGAUCAAAUCAAUGUCAAGAGAGGAAAAUCGGUUAAAGAAAAAGUUGAAAGACAUUGGAAUAAUCUCAAGUCUUUGUUUUCAAUGGUCGAGUUAGAAAUAUCAAGGAGGGAGUCUUUGCAGACUAAGGAAAAAGUCAAUAUGCUUUCUUCAAGAAUUGGCAAGCCUUUAUCUAAGUUUAAUGGUUUCCCUAAAGAUAUGAUAGAGAAGGACCGCAUCAACAAUGCGGACUUAUCAUUGACAAAAACCAUUAGGAUUCCAAAAAAGGAAAAAAUACCACCAUAUACAUCUUGGGUAUAUGUGGUCAGAAAUGAAAGAAUGGCCAAAGAUCAAACAGUUCUUGGAAAAUACCAAAUGUAUUAUGAUAAAAAUAGAGGUGAAAUGAUGAUAUGUAGUGAUAGUGAAGAAGAGAUGGUAAAUCCCAAGGAUGUUAAACACGACUUCACUGAGGCUGAAGACCAAAUUCUAUGGACCACACUUGCGGAAUAUGGAUCUACUGAGGAGAUAUUUAGUAUUGUUAAAGAGAUUGUUAAGACAACUGAUUCACAAAUUCAGGAGAGGUAUGAAAUACUCAACAAAAAAAAUAUGAGGAGUCCAAGUCAGAAUUUUGAAGAUUGUCAUUGUAGAGGAUGUCAAAAUCAUCUUGGGAUAUGUUUGGAAGAAAACUUGAAUGUUAUUUUAGAACCUUUUGAUAAUUUUUUUUGUCGCCGAUGUUUGAUCUUUGAUUGUUCUGUGCAUGGCAUUUAUCAACCUUUAAUAUAUCAUAGUGAAAAACAAUCAAUUUGGUCUGAACUUGAAGGUGACAAGAAACCAUGCAGCAAGCAGUGUUACAUUAUGUUAAAAGAUGUUAAUAUUUUGUCAAAAAAUACAUCUCAAAGGUAUUUUCGAGAUAAAAUAAUUACACCAAUGGAAGAGGACCCGACAUUACCUCAUGACGAGCCUCAAGAUUCUUCUAAAAGGUUGAGAACCCCAAAUGAUAUAAUCACUGAAAUUGACCUUCGUUGCAUGGAACUCAAUUUGGAUGCUAAUGAUGAAGAAAACCACACAACAUAUGGUGCAUCUUUGAAAAGUCUUAACGAACAUUCUUCAGGGAAAUCAACAGUUUUUUAUAACUAUAGCCACGAUGAGCAAGGCAAAGGAGUUAUGGAUGGAGAAAAAGAUCUCACAAAUGAGAUAGAAUUUAACCAAUUGUCCAUUUCAAGGGAAGUGCAAGCUUAUGAGAUGACAAAUGAGUCAAAUUGGAGACCUCUAGAGAGAGAUUUGUAUUUGAAGGGGGUAGAAAUGUUUGGAAAAAAUAGUUGCCUUAUAGCCUUUAACUUACUUCAUGGUUUGAAGACUUGCAUAGAAGUAACUAAAUACAUGUCUGCUUGUGACGAGACAAUAACCCAUGGAUCCAUACCAAGUUCAACCGUGGACAAAAAGGAAAAGAUCAAUGCAGAGUUCACAGACCAAGAAAUGGCUUCAAGAUCACGGUCGCAACGAAAAAAGGGCAAACCAAGAAAGUUUAAUUAUUCUCGAAAAUCUGCUGGCCUUCCACCUAGAUGGAGAAAAAUUGCUUAUGGGCAAAAUCAAUAUAAUAAGCAAUAUACUCCUUGUGGGUGUCAGGGAAUGUGUGGAAAGGAAUGUCCUUGUCUUCUUCAUGGAACUUGCUGUGAAAAAUAUUGUGGGUGUUCAAAGCUUUGCAACAACCGAUUUAGAGGAUGUCGUUGUGCUAAGAGUCAAUGCAGAAGUCGACAAUGCCCAUGUUUUGCAGCCAACCGCGAAUGUGACCCAGAUGUUUGUCGAAAUUGUUGGGUUAGUUGUGGCGAUGGUUCAUUAGGGGAGCCACCUCGAUGUGGAGAUGGAAAAUGUGGAAAUAUGAAUCUUCUUCUAGGGCUAAAAGAGAGGAUUCUUUUGGCAAAGUCAGAUGUUAUAGGAUGGGGAGCUUUCGCAAAGAACCCGAUUAACAAGAAUGUGUGCCUAGGAGAAUACACGGGUGAACUGAUCACUCCUAAAGAAGCAGAAAAACGUGGAAAAUUAUAUGAUCGCAUAAACACUUCAUUCCUUUUCAACCUUAAUGAUCGGUGGGUUAUUGAUUCUUGUCGCUUGGGAGACAAGUUAAAAUUUGCAAACCAUUCAUCAAAACCCAACUGCUAUGCAAAGGUGAUGCUUGUUGGAGGAGAACAUCGAGUUGGCAUAUUUUCCAAGGAAAACAUUGAAGCAGGUGAAGAGAUUUUCUAUGAUUAUUGGUAUGAUCUAGAUUGUGCUCCACAAUGGGCUCUUCCACCUGAUGAGGUUUCUAAGAAAGAUGAAUCGAUUGUUUCUCAAGGCAGGGCAAAGAAAAACCAAUCUCAUUGUUGAGUCUUAGCUAAGGAACUAGGGUUUAUGAUUGAUGAUAUCUUUUCUCAAAAAAUGAAAAUUUGACAUCCUAUGGAGAAUAGCCAAAAGCAUAUGCCAUAAGAAUGCAUUUAGCCUAAAAAUUGUGAACCAAAGUAUGAGUUUGUUGUCGUUGUUGUAAUCAUGUUUAUUUUUCUAUUUACUUAAUGCUAAUUUUGGAAAUUUUCAUUAAUGUCAUUAAUCAAAUUGUAAGAAAUGUACAA